AGCAAAAUCAACAGAACACAUAGGGGUACCUGAAUGGAAGCAUCAACAAUGCCAAACAAACAUUGUGAGACCAAGAAAGACUCGAACUGAAUGCGCCAGGUGAGAUAAUCCUCUACUGCCUUCAAUUUAAUUGUCACAAUUUGAGAUACGGUAGUAAUAUGUGACACCGACUGUGCAAGAGCCGACAUUGGAGAACCAAAACUAGCCUGCUCUGGAGGCCGAAUGAUGCCUGGUGUGCCUGAGAAGGUGGAACCAAAGAAUAGGGAAGCAGGCGGCAGAGGAGAAGAUGCCAGGACUGGUGACCGAGGCAGAGCCGGUGGUGCAGAGAACCGAGGAGGCAGAGAGGAAAACAGGGAGUAGGGUUCCGCCGGAGGGAAGAAUGGUGGCGGCGGAAAACUGGAGUGCAGUGUGGACGUCAAGGGCUACGGAAUUGGAGAUCCAUUCGCGCCUGGAAAUUGAGCAGCAGGUAAGGAGGCGACAACGCCUGGUUCUGGAGCAGAAGGUUGAACAGUGGAUUCCGGCGCCAGGGAUGAGGAGGCUGCGGCGGAAAUUGGUGCUGCGGAAGCCAUGGCCGCGGAAGCCAUGGCCGCGGAAGCAUGAGAGGAGAUGUUCAUCGCUACGGCGAUCGGUAAGGAAGGAGAGAAAAAAAAAUUAGGUUUGGGCUCUUGAUACCAUGCGAGAAUAAUGGGAAAACCGUGCUCCGAUAGGAGUCCUGACAGGUACUCUAGACAAGGAGAUAUGAGACCAAAGGUUACUGAUUCAGUAGUAUGGAAGAGGUUAUGUGAUAUCAAUAGCAUUGCUACUGACCUUUGCUCAUAUAAUGAGGAUGGAGAAAUCUUUUGGGACCCUGGAAUCAAUGGUUUCUUCUCUCUGAAGUCUGCGUACAAUGAAAUAAGAAGCAGUAGAUCAUCUACAUUUUCUGAUAAGCAUGUGUGGCAUAAAUAUGAACAUAUGACAGUAAAAUUAUUUAUGUGGAAACUUCUGAAUGGUUACCUCCCUUUACUUGGAAACUUACAAAAGCUUCAUUUCUAUUUGCAACCCUCCAGGUGCCCUUUCUAUAAAUCUCAUGCUGAAUCAACUGACCAUCUUUUCUUUGGCUGCAUCUUUUCAAAGAAAAUUUGGAAUUAUUUUAUGGACAUGUUCAACAUCAAAGGUUCCACAGCUUCUUCUGUUAGGCAGGUGUUGAUUUCUUGGUGGAUCGAAGCUGGCUCAAAGAAAAUAUCUGAUAUAUUUAAACAUAACAUGCCAGGGAUAAUUUGUUGGCAUUUAUGGAAAACUUACUCAUCCUAUGUUUGGGGAUCAACAUAUAUUCCCUCUACAGAACAUUUAAUUACUCAAAUCAAGUGCUAUACUAAAAAAUGGGCAUGUAAAUUGUCUAAGUUCAAACCUAAACAUGUGGAUGAUUUUCUCUUAGGCAGGAGAAGUUGAUUUCGAACAACUUCAGGUUCUCAUCAUCAGGUGUUCAGAUUAUAAGGUGGAAACGACCUCAAAAAACUUACAAACUAAACAUUGAUGCAGCGUUUUUACCUGGCUUGGCACAAGGAGGAGCCAUCCUGAGAAACUGUUUCGGCGAAUUGAUUUACGCCAUGGCCUUUAGCAUCCACGCAGAUGAUAGUGAGGAAGCGGAAUUGAAGGCGCUUGUCCAAGCUUCGAAGAUGGCCAUGGUGGACGGUCUUGUUGACAUUCAGGUGGAAACAGAUGCGGUGCGCUCACUUGCUAGAUUGAACGAUGAUUCUGGAAACUCUACUGGGCUUCAGACAUUUAGAAGGAAAGCAGCGGACAGUGGAUUCACUUUUGGGCAUGUUUUCAGGGAAGCUAAUGGGCCGGCCCACUUCUUAGCAGCUCACCCGAUUAAUGCGGCCCAAUGUGUUCGCUUUGAUCGGGUUAAUCAUCUACUGAGGUUGGUUAAAGCUAGUUAUUACGCGGAUCUUUUUAGUAUACCUAGUAUUCAUUUUUAAUUUUCUUGUAUUUAUAAUUUUUGGGUCAGGUCUAGCCCCCCCCC